AUGCCAGUGCGCCUCAAACUCAUGAAAAUGGGUUUGCCAAACCAUCAACCGCAAGAGGAGAAGCCCUCCAGCAUGGGGGUCGUAAGUUUCCCCUAUGGGUGUCCCAGUGCGGCGGUGCCGCUCAGCCUCAUCCUCUAUCUGCCCCCAGACGCGCCUGAACUUGCCAUGGAAAUCACGCAAAGCGGCCACAUCUUCAGGGACAAGGGUGUCCGCCGGCUCGUCGUCAAGAAGACUGCACUGAGGAAUCUCCUCCAGAAGCUGCUUCAGCUCCUCGCCAUGGACUGA